UCUUUUAUUCGUGCUUAUUCGCAUCGCGUGUUCAACCGACGUCAACUAGCUGUGCGAGACGAGGACUAGCGGUAAACAAACGGUCGGAGAAAGCACGCCACAGCCGAGUGAAAGCAACAAACGGCAGUGCAAGUCGGACGUCGCGUCGUACGGACGGAUAUAACCUCCAACAUGUCGUUUGUCAUCGCGUCAGCUGUUGUUUUGACCACCGCCGCUGCUGUUUACUGGUAUGUAAACAGGCACAAACCCCUCAAGCACAUACUCAGCGAGUUGCGGUACACAUUAGACAUGCAGGGCGCCGGGGCGGGCGGCCUCAUCGACGAUUGGAUCAAUGUAUGGAGAAAUCGCGUUGUGAUGCCAGACGCGAGCAACAAAAUCGCCGUUAUCACCGGCGGGGGCCGCGGCAUCGGCACCGAAGUUAUCCGAGGAUUGUUAAAGGCCAACAUGCGCGUCAUCAUGGGAAUAAGAAGCCGGAGAUGGCGAAAAAUGGCACAAACAAUGCAGAACGGAAACCUUGAAGCGUUCAAAUUGGAUUUAAAAUCGUUGAAAUCUGUAAAGGAAUUCGCUAGAAAUGUUUUGGAUAAAUAUUCGGAGAUCAAUUUGUUAGUAAACAACGCGGGAGUUAUGUUUGGAGACUAUGAGCUAACUGAAGACGGUGUAGAAAGUCAGUUGGCUGUCAAUCAUUUGGGUCAUUUCUAUUUGACACAUUUAUUAUUGCCAGCUUUAAUUGGUGGGAGAUUGGAUCGACUGUCGAGGAUCGUAAAUGUGACUUCAUGCGCGCAUUAUCCAGGAAAGAUUUACUUCGAGGACAUCAACAUGAAGGAGCAUUAUGACACACCUGCUUAUGCCCAAUCUAAACUAGCGCAGUUAAUGAGUUCGAGAUACAUUAACAAGAUUCUAGAAGAGAACAACAGUCCAGUUAGAAGCUAUGCUGUUCAUCCUGGGAUAGUCAACACAGAUUUAUUUGAAGGCACCACAUAUAAACUGUUUCCGUGGGCUAUGAAACUGUUCUUUAAAACACCAGAAAAAGGAGCAGUCUCCAUCCUCUUUGCAUGUUUCAAUAAAGAUUUAGAAAAGAAGGGUGGUUUAUACAUAAGUAAUUGUAUAGAAGGAAUAAGCAAUAGAUUCUCGAAAAAGGCAGACUACCAAAAAAGACUGUUUGAAAUAUCUUGUCAACUUUGUGGUGAAGAUGAAAAUAAUUUUGGUAGCGUUUCACCUUGAAUAAUUGUCUAUAGCAAUAUUAAUGUGUUUAAAUUUUUUUACUAAAUAUAUUAAGAAUAAAUUUAAGUAUGUUAUACACUUUGAGAAUUAUUACAAUAAAAGUAAUUUAUUUUUUA